AUGAGUAACCAAAUACUCCUCAAGAACGGCACUGUGCUUCAGCAUGACGAGAAAGAUAAUAUUAUUGUUCUGAGAAAUACCGACAUCCUGAUCUCGGAUGGUCGCAUCGCUGAAAUUGGUAAGGGUAUCAACAAACCUGAACAUGCUUCUGUCAUCGAUUGUGAAGGCAAGAUAAUUUCGCCAGGAUUUAUCAAUGCUCAUCACCAUAUGUGGCAAAGCCAACUCAAGGGGUUGCUUGGGGACAGCACUAUGCUAGACUAUAUGCUUGAAGCCAACCUUCAAAGCUUCAAUUUCACUUCACGAGACAUAUUCUGGGGCCAGCUAGCUGGAUGCACUGAAGCUCUCGAUUCUGGGACAACUUGCGUAGUCGAUAAUGCACACAUGGCUUCUCAACCUGAAGAUGGCUCAGCCGCUCUGAGUGCUACGAUUGCAUCGGGUAUACGGUCUAUAUUCUGCUAUGGAGUUAUGCCGCUCCGUGCCACAGAGUGGACAGAGUCCUCUUUCGAACUUGACCGUUCUACCCAGCCCGAUUGGCUACUGCCGCAGAUCGAUGAUCUUGCUGCAAAAUCGCCAUUCGGAGAUGACCAGCGAGUACAACUGGGCUUCUUUUUUGACUCUUAUUUCCUACCCGAAAAUGUCAUCUCCAAGACUCUGUAUCACGUUAAGCAGGCGGGAGUGAAGUUGAUUGCAAGCCACUACCGACAUUGGCCAAUCUCGAAAGGGCAAUCCAAGGUCCCCGAGCAGCUAAACGCCUGCGGCUUGCUCGGACCCGAUAUUCUUCUUACACAUGGUAAUGGAACGACACCUGAACAAGCAUCCCUGCUCACAUCGUCCGGGACAUACACAGUCGCCACUCCAGACGCCGAAAUAUUCAUGGCUUCCGGCGCAGACCCUGUAGCCUUCAGAGAUGACCUUCCUCUGACGUGUCUCGGUGCAGACUGCCACUCUUGCGGUCCCGUCAACAUGAUGCACCAGAUGCAAACGGCUCUAGCAAGCGAUCGUGCAAUGCAGAACACUAAGACCUUCUCUUCAGGACACUAUCCUAGAAAGCCACGAGCUAGCAUACAGAAGGCUUUUAACUUGGCUACGAUCAAGGCAGCUCGUGCGAUAAAUAUGGACAAAGACAUUGGGUCUAUCGCCGUUGGCAAGUUGGCGGAUCUGGUCAUCUUCGACACGACAUCUCCUUCCAUUGGCUGUGCAGCCGAAAACGAUCCUUUGACAGCCAUUGUUCGUCAAGCAGGGGUCAGAGAAGUUGAGACUGUCAUUAUCGGUGGUAAAGUGCGGAAGCAUAAUGGGGUAUUGCAGGAUGUGUACUUGGAUGAGGGUUCUCGUGAAGGUGGCUUCGAAUUGAAGCAAGAGGGAGUUGAUCCAAAAGAUGGAUAUUCAUGGAGACGAGUAGCCGAGGAGUUGUCAUUGAGUAGAAGGGAUAUUAAGGAGAGGAUUGGAAAGACUAAUAGGGACUUGGCCAAGUCUAAAUUACUUGGAAUGCUGGGAGGUUUAGACGAUGUCCUGGUAGGUUGA